CAAACCACUGUUCUGCUAUCGCCGUCCCUACGGUAGUUGUUUUGAAUGUUUUCUUGGUGGUCUGCUCCAUUUUCCAGUUAUGAUUUCAUCUGUUUCAAGUUCGCGAAAAUUUUGGGGUAUUUUAUAUUUUAAUUCCUUUCAGAUUUCGUUGCCGCGCUGUAUUUUAUGAAGUUCUUUCGUGCAUCGUUAUAGAACUUCAUAAGAAGUCAACACUGUACUUACAAUUUCGAUGGUAUUGCUUAGUUAAAAUUAGAAUGUGAAGACAGUAAUUUGAGACAAAUAUCUAUAUAUUUAUUUGCAUUUGUAUUUUAUUUGGCUGAUUGUCACUGAUUCCGAAAUCCCGACUUGAACAGAAAGGGGAAAUGGCACUCCGGAAUCCCUGAUGUCAGCCUGACGCUAGCUGCGUAGCUGAUUGUAAUGCUGUAAGAACUGCAGCUUCACCACACUUUGGAACCUGUCAUCCGAGUCCAGAGUCUAGACCAUCUGCUCCCGAUACAAUCAUCAUUUCAUCGCCAUGACGGGGUUCAUAUGCAGCACCAUCCUAUUCAUGACGGCGCUGUUGAUUAUUCGCGCCACACGAGACGUGCGGGAGAUGGAGCUGCGCUUUCUCGCUGACCAUCUGAAUGAUCACGAAUGUCGACAACUGAUCGAAGCACUGCACAGCACCGCGUACCAGCUGUCUGUCGUCCCCGACGGAUCUCACACCGAGGCCAACCGGACGUGUCUGGAGCUGUUGGAAAAAUGGAAUCAGGUGGAGAGUCGCGGGGAAUCAUUUGUGCGGUUGGUGGAGCGACUAAGACAAAUUGGCCAGCCCGAUCUGGCGGAAACGGUGUCGCGUGCUGUACUCAAGGAUGUGAGCAACGAUGCCCGUCUGACACUGCACGACCCCUCCCUGUCCGCCACCGACGACGUCAUCGUGCUGCACAACCCCGCGCCCUCCUCCCAGCCGGACGCCGCGCACAUUCCCGACUUUGACGGGCGCAGUCCCGAGUCCACCUGGACCUUCCAGCUGCCGGCGUGGACGCUGGCGCAGACGGUGCUCUUCAUCAUCUCCUCCACGGUGACCAUCGGCCUGUUUGGGUACUGGUUCUUCUACUGUGUCCCCGAGUGUAUGCGCGGAUUAUGGGGUGUAGUCCGCCGCCAGCCGCAGCGCAGUCGCGACGACGCCGCCCAGUUGUUGCUGCAGGAAAUGGACGAUGCGGAUCUCUGAAUUAUUGUCGUCGUUGUGCCGGCAAGGUCUCAAGAAAACCCGAAAAGGCCAGUGAAUUGUGAUAGAGAAUGCUUUACAAUUUUGUGCUUUCACCCAGAAUGCUCAGUUAAUAUUCCCACAACGAAUUCACAGCGCCAAGGUGAUUUUUUUACAUUUGUAACUGAUUCUGAUUGUCGUAUGUCGGUUAGAUUUGGUACGUGUUUGACUUGGAAAGUGGGCGAUGUUCAUGAAUGUACUGUUUAGCCGCGUUGGCCGUCGUUAACGUUUACCGUGAUGCACCAUCUUGAAACAGACUGUUUGGUUGUCGGUGCACGAUGUACUUACUACAUAGGGAAUACUGUUAAAAAGAGAUGCUUAUUAAUUACCGUUAUUA